AUGGGAACGGACCUGGAGACACGGGAGCGCACCCACGUGCCCGACGGCUUCUGGCGCGGCGUCGCGGCACAGCUGCGGCUGACCGCGGAGCAGAGGGAGGACGUGCGGGCCAUGGACGCGCUGUACAAGGCCCAGAUCGGAGGGGUGAUGGAGGAGCGGGCCCAGUUGCAGGCCCAGCUGGCCGGCAUGGCGGCUGACGACAGCGCCGCAAGCUUUCUGAGCAGGGGCCUGCUCUACGCGCUGGUGUUUGAGCAGCUGUUCACGCCGCUGCAGAUGGCGCGCGCCGCAGUUUACAGCUGGCCCUUCAUCGCAGACGCCCACCACAUUGUCAAGGCGAUCUGCUCCUUGGAGCCAACGCAGCCUGAGGCGGCCGGGCUCGCGGGUCCGGCUGGGGGUGGCAGCUGA